AUGGAAGUCCAAGGAAGGGAAAGCGAUGUCUGGAGGGAAAUUAUGACAUUUACUGCCAUGACAGAAAAAUUUGAUCUGCCAAUGGCAGAUUACAACCAGCCCAAGCUUCUUUAUUGCAGCAAUGGAGGUCAGUUCCUGAGAAUCCUUCCAGAUGGCAAAGUGGAUGGCACAAGGGACCGGAACGACAAUCACAUUCAGUUACUGCUCAGCACAGAAUAUUUUGGUGCUGUGUACAUAAAAGGCAUUGGAUCUGGACUAUACUUGGCUAUGGAUGUCAAUGGACGCUUACAUGGCUCGCAGUUGCCAACAGCAGAGUGUGUGUUCCUGGAAAAGUUGGAAGAAAAUAAUUACAAUACGUACAAGUCAAAGAUGCAUGCAGAUAAGAACUGGUAUGUUGCCUUGAAGAAGAAUGGAAACAGCAAAUUGGGACCGAAGACUACUUAUGGCCAGAAUGCCAUUCUUUUCCUUCCUCUGCCAGUGUCACCUGAUUAGGUUGCUUCUGCCCCACCCUUAGAAAAGUUGCCCUUUAAAAUUAAGCAGCCAGUGAACUUUCCCCUUUUGUCCCUUCUGAUUUGUUCUCAUACUGGAAAUAAAAAAAUAUGGACCACAAAGUACUUGAGAUAGAAAAUAUACACUGCAUCUCUAAAAUGUCCAUUCAGCCUCAACAAUUCCAUUGACAUGCUAUAGCAUUACCUACAAAUGAAUCAAUUAAUAGCCCUAGAAAAGCAUUCAUCUUAGUGUAUAGUUCCCAUAACCAUAUACAGCCUAUAAUACAGCUUCCCACUUUGAAAGUGCAUAUUUAGGUCACAGCCCAUUUCAAGGUGAUAUAAAACAGCUUUUAAGAAUACUUGUGUAUCACACAGAAGCAAAAUCAAUACUUACACUAUACAACCAUUUAAAACAAAUAGACUGUGUGCCAAGGGCAAAGAAAUAUAUAUAUUUAUAUUUAUAUAAAUAUAGAGUAUCUUUAUAGGUGAGCCGUCCUUUGCACACGGCUCCUAGCUCUUGUCAUAGGUCCUAAUUGAUUUGGCUGUGUUCUAAUUAUGGCUUCCAUAUUGAUGACUCCUCUUUUUUUGCUUCUACUGCUUGUGAGUGUGCCAUUACUCACUUCUAUCUCCCCCGAUCUUGGAUUAGGAAGGUUCUCUCCACCCCUUUUUUGGUUGGUUAGAUCGUCCGUAUCUCUAAAUUGCUCCCUCUUCUCGUACUCACAUCUCCCACCUUCCUCCUUCCUCUGCUCCUUACUUACUCCCCCGUUGCCAUCCCUUAUUCUAUGGGGGCGCGCCCUCAGUCUUUCUCUCCAUCUCGUGUUCUAUAUAGAAUUAUAUUCACAAUUAUGAAUAUUUAUAUCAUUCAUAUAUAUAAUUAUGAAUAUAAUUUCCCACUCCCAAACUUUGGGUCCCUGAAUUGAUGUGAGGUUUUCAGUCCAGCCAGUUGUUUCUCACCAUGCCAGAAAACUGAUGGACACUUGAGGUAGUCCUCAAGUUACGAUCACAAUUGAGCCCCAAAUUUAUGUUGCUAAGUGAAACAUUUGUUAAGUGAGUUUGCCCCAUUUUACAACUUUUCUUGCCACAGUUGUUAAGUGAAUUAUUGCAUUUAUUAAAUUAAUAACAUGUUAAGUGAAUUUAGAUUCCCCAUUGACUUUGCUCGUCAGGUCACAAAGGGGACCACAUGACCCUGGGACACUGCAGCCAUGAUAAAUAUGGUCUACUUGCCAAGCAAGUGACCGUGGGGAUGUUGCAAUGGUUGUAAGUGUGAAAAACGGUCAUAACCCAUUUUUUUUCAAUGUCAUUGUAACUUAGAACAGUCACUAAAUGAAUUGUAAGUCAAGGACUACCUGUACUUGGUUUUGUUGGAAAAAAAUUACAAAGUGGGUGGACUACCUGUAAACCAUAGGAACGAUGCCUCUGAUUAAAAGCCUGAUGAUAACGUUGGUACAGUAUGUGGUUGAAUCAACAGACUCCCUAGCUAUAGUCUACAGCAGGGGUGUCAAACUGCUGGCCUACGGGCCAGUUGCAUCAUGCAGAGGCCGCACCCACCCCAGCUCCGGCAAUGCAAAAAAAGUCACGAUACAUUGCGACAUGUCACGUGACGUGGCAAGUUUGACACCCCUGGUCUAGAGUCAUUCUUAACUGGCCUUUUUCCGUGUGAGAUUUAUUUAUUUAUAUUGAUUUCAAAAAUGCUGUACUCCAGGUGACUCUGGGUUCUUUAUGUAAUAAUAGCCGAACAAUAAAAAGAGAAUCAGAUGAUAAGCAUUCACAUUGAAUACAAAAGUGGUUUACCGAAAAUAGUCCCAUGUAACAUCAUUAGUGUUGGAGCCAUAUGGAUCUCUGGGGGAAAAUGAUUCCAAAGUUCUGUUAACUCUGUUGAACAGAAGAGACUUGAAGUGCAUGAACUCUGCUAGAUUUUAUCAGAUGGGCAAAAACAAGAUAUGCAGGACCCUUUUUAACAUCCAGAUCAGAGGUACUAUACGGAUUCAUAGGUUUAAUUCCAGAAAUGUCUGUGGCUUUGAAAGAAUAAGCCAGUGAGAGUAAUUAUACUAUUGUUAUAAAGAUAAUGCACAUAUUACAUGUACAACAGCCAUUCAAAUGGAAGAUAGGAGAGCAAGAGUUAGGAAAGGAACACUGGAGAAUUGAAUGAAAAUUAUUAUCACCUUGCAUAUAAUUCAGAAUCUUCAAACUGAAAGAUAUGCAUUGUGAAUUGCUGCAUUGUCCUGUGCUUGAAGCUAAGGUUUGAAGAAAAGUGCUGAAGUGCCCAAUAGGUUGAAUGUGAGCUGCAAAAGACAAUAGCAUGUUUCUCCUUAGAUAAAGAGGACCCAUUAGUUCAUGGUCCUGGAUUAUGUUAGGCUACUUGCAUAGAGCUCUGCUUGCUUUGGUUGUAUUGGUUUGCGUACAGUGCUUCUAACUAAAGAAAAUUUACA